AAAAAUUAAAUGUGUUAUUAAAACACAGUUCUACUUCCUUGAUUGAAAUUUGGAGUAAAUUUCUGCGUCCUGUAUUUUGCCCCCUCAAUUGGAGUUCAGUGCAAAUUAAUGAAAUUAAUUGGAGUUUUAAGUCAGAAUAAAACAGAAGUUGCGAUCUUUUCUUCUCUAUUGUGACAUAUAUCCGAGUGAAACGCUUCUCAAACAAGAACAAAUGUAGGGCGGGGCUUGAUUUUGUCUGUGUGGAAUUGAUUGGAUGGUUGUGGUUUGCUAUUGGUGGAUCUCAUGUGAGUGACAGGUUGCCCCGCCCUCGUCAUCACAGAAGAGAAGAGAUUCUGAUUCAAGAUUACCAGGAACAUGAAUUUAAAAUAAAUCAUUUAUGAUAAACACUGCAACUGUCAGUUUUGAUUUCAUCUUCAGCUCAGUUCUGAAUGAUGCUCAACCCCGAUGCGCUGUAAAAACAUUAUCAGGUGCGACUCUCUGAAAGUCCAUUCAACUUUACUGGGCUCUCAAACCAAAUCCCUGAAAUAAACUCCACAGGAAGAGAGGUGAGGAGAGAUCUGGACAGGCAUCACCACCAAACAGCUGAAUGCUUCUUCCAUCUGUCCUCCAGAGAACGAGGGCAUGUGUUAUUUAUAUCGGCCAGUAGACAUCAGCACGGCUAAUCUACAAAAGGCCAUCCAUCCGCGCCCCAUUGUCCAGCUGCAUUCGGGAUCCCCUCAUUGUUCUGUGCGCCUCCGUCCGUCCGUCCCGCAGCGGUCAUGGCACCCAAGAAAGCAAAGAAGAGGUCGGCAGAAGGAGCGAACUCCAACGUCUUCUCCAUGUUUGAACAGGCUCAGAUCCAGGAGUUCAAAGAGGCAUUUACCAUCAUGGACCAGAACAGAGACGGAUUCAUUGACAAGAAUGACCUGAGAGACACAUUUGCAGCUCUAGGACGGCUUAAUGUGAAACAGGAAGAGAUUGACGAGAUGCUGAAGGAGGCGUCGGGGCCGAUCAACUUCACCGUGUUCCUCACUAUGUUUGGAGAGAAACUCAAAGGUGCCGAUCCAGAGGAAACCAUCCUCAAUGCCUUCAAAGUGUUUGAUCCUGAAGGGAAGGGAAUCCUGAAGAAGGAAUAUGUCACUGAGAUGUUGACCACACAGGCGGACAGAUUCUCUGCAGAGGAGAUGGAGCAGAUGUUCACCGCAUUCCCUCCAGAUGCUGCGGGAAACCUGGACUACCGGAAUCUGGUCCAUAUCAUCACUCACGGAGAGGAGAAGGACCAGGAAUAGUUCAUUCAGUCCUCAGCCAAUCCCGGCGUUCCCUGUGUGCUCGUACCCGCCCACUGGUUUAUAAUUGACAGGCUUGAGACUGAGCUCAAAGUUACUGAAAGUUACAUAUUUCUUUUAAUGUAUAAUAUUCUGUUUGCACCUUUGGCAUGUUACCUGUCAGCAUUUACCUACAAAAAUAUUGGUAUGGGUAAAUAAAUAAAUUGACAUGAAAUAUUGA